AUGCCAUCACUUUCGUGUGGGGAGUCGCCUAAGGACUUACAAGCCAGGGGUAGUGGUCAUGUCUUUUGGAGCAUUCUGGAGCAUAUGGGACAUGAGGAGCAUGGAGGGACUUGGCACAUGGAAGCAGCUCAACUGGAUACGCAAAGGAAGAAGGGAGAAGCCAUCUUGAAGACCAGCUCGACCGUCUACUCGACCAACCGGUCGAGUUCCUCAACUCGACCGGCCAAGCUUCAACUCGAUCGAGCUGGAAGUCAAAGUCAAACCCGAAAAAUGUUGCUUCCCCCUUGA